AUGAUGCAAAGCUUCAAUGAGUUCCCAUCAUUCAUGGAGAACAACAACAAGAGUUCUGAUGAAGUCAACUGGUUAAACCACAAUGGACUUAUAAUCAGUGAUGUGGGCCCGUUUUUAAGCUUCCCUAAAGAAUAUGAGCUGCAUACAGCUCUCGAGCCCGCUUUCAUGGGGUCCGCGAAUGAUUCUUUCCAGAAUCUUUCCAUUGGUGAUGAUAGUAAAAGUAAAGCCAAUGGAAUGGUUUUUUACAAUGAGAAUGUGGAAAAUCUUUUGGGAAAUAUGAAUCCUUGUGAUGUAGUGAAAGAGGAAGAAAAGGAAAAUAGUAGAGGGGAAAAACCGUCAAUUGUCAAUAAACGAAGGGGGAAACCGGGUGCUAAACAGAAGGCUAGACCUCGAGACAGACAAUUGAUUCAGGAUCGGCUCAAGGACUUGCGGGAACUUGUUCCAGAUGGAGCAAAGUGUAGCAUUGAUGGUCUGCUGGAUAGAACAGUCAAACACAUGCUCUUUUUAAAAAAAUGUUGGUGA